GCGACGGACCAACGGUCAGACCGCACUCGCAGUUUGACUUUUUCGGGUUUUAUAACGCGAGGAACUCCAGUUACACUUCUACACUGAGCCGAAAACAUGGACUAAACCCAGAAAGUUUGACAGCUGCAGUGACGCGUCACACAUUUAGCGGCCAGGAUUCAAAACAGCUAGGCUCCCAGUGAAAACGGUUCAACCAUGGUGCAGGAAUACCAGUCCCCCGUCCGGGUCUACAAGUACCCCUUCGAGUUGAUAAUGGCGGCCUAUGUGAGGAGGUUCCCAAAGUCGCACCUGAUCCCGGUGUUCGUAGACAGCGAGGUCAUCAGCGAGAGCCAAAGCAAGGACGGCGCCACGCUGGUGACCGAGAGGCGCUGUGUGAUCGACAUUGAGGCUCCGCGGCUUCUCAAGCGGAUCGCCGGCGUAGACUUCCUGUACUUUCUGCAAAGGAACACACUGAACCGCAGAGACAGGACGCUCCACAUCGAGGUCCACAACGAGACCUUUUCCAACCGGGUCGUUGUCAGCGAAUGCUGCAACUACACAGUUCAUCCGGAGAAUGUGGACUGGACGUGCUUCGAACAGAAGGCGAGUCUGGACAUUAAGUCCUUUUUCGGCUUCGAGAGCGCGGCGGAGAAGGUAGCGAUGAAACAGUACGCUAGCAGCGUCAAAAAGGGUAAAGAAAUGAUCGAGUACUACCUCAGAGAGCUGGAGGAAGAAGGAGUCACUUCCGUACCUCGGUGGACUCCCCCUGUUUUCUGCGGCGCUGCCCGGCUCCGGCUGCCGCCCCGCUCCACUGCCAGAGCCAUCCCAGUCAGCGCUGCGAAGCCUGGACUGGACAGCAAAGACCCGAGCUGUCCCGCAGAGCUAGCGGCGGGCUCCCCCGACGAGAAGCUGGAUGCUGAAUACAUCCGACGUUACCUUGGCGAUUUAACACCUCUGCAGGAGAGCUGUCUCAUUCGACUGCGCCAGUGUCUCCAAGAAACCCACAAGGGCAAGAUCCCAAAGGAUCAGCAUGUGCUCCGCUUCCUGAGGGCCAGAGAUUUCAACCUGGACAAGGCCAGAGAGUUCCUGUGCCAGUCGCUGACCUGGAGGAAGCAACACCAGGUCGAUUUCCUGUUGGACACGUGGGAGCGCCCGCAGCUGCUGCAGGACUACUACUCUGGAGGCUGGCACCACCACGACAGAGAUGGCCGUCCUCUCUAUAUCUUGCGUCUGGGGCAAAUGGACACCAAGGGCUUGGUGCGAGCCUCAGGAGAGGAGGGGCUGCUCAGACAGGUCCUGUCCAUCAACGAGGAGGGACUGAGGCGAUGUGAAGAAAACACCAGAGUCUUCGGUCGACCCAUUAGCUGCUGGACUUGCCUGGUGGACCUGGAGGGGCUUAACAUGCGUCACCUGUGGAGACCAGGUGUUAAGGCUCUGCUGAGAAUCAUCGAGGUGGUGGAGGCCAACUACCCCGAGACUCUCGGUCGCCUGCUCAUACUGAGGGCGCCCAGAGUCUUCCCAGUGCUCUGGACCCUGGUCAGCCCCCUGAUUGAUGAGAAUACCCGCAAGAAGUUUCUUGUUUAUGCUGGAAACGACUACCAAGGCCCAGGAGGAUUAGUGGACUACAUCGACAAAGAAAUCCUCCCUGACUUCCUGGGAGGCGACUGCAUGUGUGACAUCCCUGAAGGAGGUUUGGUCCCCAAAUCUCUGUACAGGACAGCGGAGGAGCUGGAGAGUGAGGAGAACCGCCUGUUGACUGACUCCAUCUAUAAGAGUGCCAGUGUUUUCAAAGGAGCCCCAUAUGAGAUGCUGAUCGAGAUCAACGAGGCCUCCGCCGUCAUCACCUGGGACUUUGACGUGUCGAAAGGAGACGUGAUCUUCAACAUCUACCACUCCAAGAGGGCCCCGCAGCCCCCGAAGAAAGACACUCUCGGAGCCCACGGCAUCACGUCCCCGGGGGCCGUUAACGCCCAGACGAUAGACAGGAACUGGGUGCUGGGCCAGGACUACAGCAUGGUGGAGAAAGCCCUCAUCUGCAGGGAGGGGGAGAGUGUCCAGGGCUCCCACGUAACGCGCUGGCCCGGCUUCUACAUCCUCCAGUGGCGCUUCCACAGCUCCCCAGCCUGCUCGGCCUCCAGCCUGCCUCGGGUGGAUGACGUGCUGGCCUCGCUGCAGGUCUCCUCCCACAAGUGUAAGAUCAUGUUCUACACCGAGGUGCUGUCCUCCCAUGACUUCAGGGGAUCCAUGACCAGUCUGGAGUCGAGUCACAGUGGCUUCUCCCAGCUCAGUGCGGCCACUACCUCCUCUAGCCAAUCACACGCCAGCUCCACGGUCUCAAGGCAGUAGGGAUGAAGGAGGUGGAGGGUGCUGCUGCCAGAGCACCGGAUCUACGCUGCCGUCAUCCAGGCGGACCAGCGGACGCAGAAGGGCGGAGGCCGAACGACGGAGACCGCAGUUCCCCAAAUUAAUAAAGAUCAGUAAAAUAGUUCCUGUCUUCAACGUCUUUGUGUUAGGGGGAACACUAGUGAUGGUGAGAUGGAGCCUCAUGAGGCAUCGAACCACUUCAGCCAAUUCGUUAGAGAAAGGGUUCAUUUCUCGAAGCUUCAUGUGCUCACGAAACCCCCUACUGGCCAAGUGUAUAAUCACAGGCAGCUGUAUCUGAACCACAUAAUGUGAUGCAUUGGAUUUUUACCUUCGCAUUGAAAAUGCGGAAGGUUAUGUUUUGAUCGCCGUGUAUUUAUUUAGUUAUUUAUUUGUAUGCGUGUUACUCGCAUUACACAAAAAGUAUGAAACCGAAUCGCAUUAAAUUUGGUGGGAUGAUUGGUUAUUAUCCUGGGACCAUUUGAUUAGAUUUUGGGAUCAAUCGGGUCAAAGGUCAAGGUCAUGAAAAGGUCCAAAUCUUCUUUUUACCAUAGCGCGGUCAAUUUUUAUCCAAUUGGCAUGCAACUAAUGCCAACAUGUUCAUAAUUCAAUGCCCAAUCUUGUGAUAUGCGAAGGUAUGCGCUCUACCGAGUGCCCAUUCUAGUUGUCUGUUAUGGCUGUUGGGAAUGACUAUAAAUUACAAAAAUGUAUGACCAAAUAAUAUCUGUACAUAAAUUAUCACAUAUGUGCAUAAUAACAUAUGUUUUGAAUGUAUUCUGUGUGUGUAAAUGUUCCCAACAUGGUAGUAUCAUAUGAUAUGGCAGGUUGUGUAAUAAUGUUAUUUUGUCACUUUAGGAAAAUGGCAUGCGCUGAAGCAGGCAGAGGACAGUGAACGUGCUUGUGGAACUAGGAAGAGGGGACUGAAUAUGCUUGUGUAACUUGGACAGUGAUGUUCAGGACAGGGGACAUUUUAUUCAUUUUUAUUCAGAAAUAACAGUUUCUCAACAGUUCCAUCUUAUCACCUAUCCUUCUCACCUCACUCUCCUAACUCUCCAAACUAUCGCUGUCUCUAAACUCUCCAAACUCUCAACCAACAACCCACAUGUUGAAUGGAGCCUGAGGGGUUUAUAUUGCUGUCAAACCUCCCGGCAAUAUCUGAACCACUUCCCGAAGCAGUCACGUGGUACAUCCGGGCAGCGAGGCUUCGGACGUCGUCAUUUUUGGCUCCUCCCCUAAAUGAAGCAAGCCUCGAUACGCGCUUCGAGGAAACACCCCCUCCAUUACUCGACACACAUCUAACAACACUAGGGAACACGCACUUGUUACAACCUGAAAAAAGUCGGCUAUAUAUAUAUAUACUGCUUAAAUUCACAAAUAAGAUUAAUAAAGGUAAAAUUAACAUGUAAUUAAAACGAAGAAGACGUCAAUUCCGGUUCACGUGGAUCGUGUUACCACUACGGGGUCUUUCAGGAAUCUAGUCGUCCUCUUCUUAAGGUGAGUGUUGUCAAAACUACACCUGCACAACGCUAUGAUGAGGCUACAUUAUAGACACAACUUUGAAUAAGUAGCAAAGAUGAAGAGUUCAACAAGGAGAAAAUACAUGUCAAUCAUUUUGAUGUGUAAAAGAAUGCAAACUCUUUUGGCUGAUGGAGACCAGCUAAACCAGACUAGCUAGUCUAGUUUAACUAACUACAUUACAAGGGCUACAUUGAAAAAAGGUGUUAACUGUCAUGAACAUGAAUAAACUGAAUGUGUGCAAAGUGCA